UUCAACAAAACGUAACAUCUUGUAGGUUGACAAUUGCAAACAGCUGAUUUAAGUGUUAAUGUCAAAAACCAAAUCAAAAUCCUUUUCUUAACCUAUAAAAAACCUCCCAUUUUUCACAUAUUUAGAUUUAACGAUGUCCUUACGAAAAGGACUUCUAUUGCUACUGCGAACAAAGCAGCCCACAUACCAGGUGUCUAGGUUUCGCGCGCUCAGCACAGAUACAGCUCAAAAGGAAAAUGCCGAAUCUAGGAAACAGACUCACUUUGGAUUCGAAACUGUGGAUGAGCAGGAGAAAUCAAAAAAAGUCCACGAAGUGUUCGAGACCGUGGCUGCGAAGUAUGACGUAAUGAACGAUGCGAUGUCCUUCGGCAUCCACAGGAUCUGGAAGGAUAUCUUUAUGCAGCGGCUGGCUCCCACUCACGGCACCAAACUGCUGGAUAUGGCUGGCGGCACAGGCGACAUCACGUUCCGUUACAUCAACUACCUGCGCCACCGCGGGCCGCCGCCCGCCGGCCGCCGCAGCGCCGUCACCGUGUGCGACAUCAACCAGGCCAUGUUGGACGUCGGCAAACAGAGGGCUAUCAAACAGGGUUACACCUCGGAGUGCGGGGUGGACAUCGAGUGGGAGUGCGGCGACGCCGAGCGGCUGGCGCUCCGCAGCGACGGCUACACCGCCUACACCAUCGCGUUCGGCAUCAGGAACUGUACGCACGUUGACAAGGUCCUGGAGGAGGCUUACCGCGUGCUGGCUCCGGGCGGCCGCUUCCUGUGCCUGGAGUUCAGUCACAUACCUAACGACACAUUACAGUGGAUCUACGACCAGUACUCGUUCCAAAUGAUCCCGGUGCUGGGCCAGCUGAUCGCGGGCCAGUGGAAGCCCUACCAGUACCUAGUGGAGAGCAUCAGACAGUUUCCUAAUCAGGAGAAAUUCAAAUCGAUGAUAGAGGACGCAGGGUUCCGGCAGGUCACGUAUGAGAACCUCACUUUUGGCACGUGCGCCAUACAUUCGGGUUUUAAGAUUUAGUUUCUAAGGUUGUAUUGUGAUAGGCAGAUGUUACUUGCUCAAAAAAUGUUUCCGUGUAACAAUAACAUAUUGUCGAAUUUAAAUAUAUUAUUGUGUCAAUAAUUGUAAAUAAUAUCGUCAAGAAAUUGCAAUUAAAGCUAGUCUAGAAUAGUCCAACCUAAUUGAAUUGGAACUUGAACAUUGAGCAUGCAACAACUGCUAUAACUUAAUUAGGGUUAUUUAUAAAUAAAAAUCUUGUUAUUUAUCUUCA